UUUACAGGGCGUGGAUGUUCCCUUUGUGUGGAGAACGAAAGUUAACUGCACUUCUUGCUGUAGGAUUCUACGGCAAACAACUGAAGUUUAAUAUUAGAGGCGUAAUAUUACAAAUUUAAUAUUAAACUUCAGUUGUUUGCUAGGACUGGUGUUGGGGAGUACACAAAGCUGGAUGUGUACAUAAUGAAAAGAGAGAAAAAAUGCUGCCCUUCCUGAUUCUUCUGUUUCUAAACCCACUGAUUUCUGCCGCACAAGCGACACCUGCUGGCGUAUUGGAAAUCGCCCCAUUUUGAUGACGCUUUUCUACCCAAAACCCAUCACAGCUAAGCCUGGAGACAACGUCAUUCUGCCAUGUCAAGCUCAAAACAGCAACAACCUCGCAGGUGUGGAGUGGAGCAGACGUGACCUGGAGCCAGAAUAUGUUCUUUUGCUCCGAGAUGGGCACAUUGUUCCAGAAGACCAGCAACCAUCUUUUAAAGACCGGGUGGAACUCCAGGACCAACAGAUGAAAAAUGGAGACGUGUCUUUGAUUCUGGAGAAAGUGACAGCUGCAGAUGAUGGAACAUAUGAGUGCCGUAUCCUCACGCAUGGGGGAGAACGGAGAAAGAGAGCUGUGGAAACCAUCAGCGUCAUCAACCUUCAUGUUGUUCCUGCAGGUCAGACAGGAGGACACACAGAGGAUGGAGGGAAGGAGGAUGGAGGAGGGAAGAUUGGAUCUGUUGAAUCUGCAGCUAUUCUGUCAGUUUUUGCUGUGUUUCUUGUUGCUGCUGUUGUUGGCUUUGUGAUCUACAGAAAACAUAAACAACAAAAGAUUCAGGAAUCAUACCAGCCUCCACCUGAACAACAGCCUGUCUGAAAAUUUUCAGAGCUUUUUUCAGCUUUACUUUAAAUUUCCUGCUGCUGUUCCAAGUUCUCACUUCUGACAUUCAGCAUGUGGAAAUAUAAUAUAGGUUCGAAUCUGGGCCCUGUACUAUGAAGCAAGUCCAACAAACCCAGGGUAUCUUUCCUGACAUUGGUGGUCAUAAGAAGCUUGUCAUCUAGUUGCUUGGUUAACCCAGAGUUUUCCAAUCUAGGUAUGAGUGAAUAAAAGAGGUGGCACUGGCAGCAUCUGGCCAUUCAUGUUGAGAAUUGUACUGGCAGAUGAGUGGCUGAUUUUGCAAUGAAGGAGUAAAUUGGAAAAAUGUGAAAAAGGUUAGAAAUAAUAUUGAAUAAAAGCAACACAGCUGCUGCAGAUCAAUCAGCACCGUGGGAGUAAAAGUAGAGCAGAGUAGUUUAUUCUUAAAAGCGCUCUAUUAAUGUGUGAGCUUUAAAUGCUUUGGAGAAUCUGAUGUAUUACAUUCUCAUAUUCUACAAAGUUAAUGUUCAGAUUUUCAAAAAACAGUUUUAUUUUUUAUUCUUUCAGCUGCCGCCCUGAUUGUGUAAAGAAGUAAAUAAUAAAGCAAUAACAGGAUUCCAAUGUACGGGCUGUCCACCUGGAACUGAUAUAAAGUCUUAUAAUAUAAUAAUAAUAAUAUAAUAUAAAGACUUUGGACAACUACUACUAUCCACGCAUUGGUCUGAAUGAUCUUCCAGGAAUGGUGAUGCUGUUUGUCACAGACUUAGUUUGCCAGUAGGAAGUGAUCUCACACCUCAUUUCAUACCUACAGAUCUCUAAUCUAUGACCCAACCUCUUCAAUAGCAGGUUAGGUCAUAGAUUAACAAGGAACCCCAGGAAAAAGUGAACCACCUUCAUAGUACAGAAAACCCAGGUUGAACCCUGAAGUUACCUGGAUAAGACAAAAUUCUCCUAACAGGCCUUUCAUCUUCAGUUUCUUCGUAAUAAACGUCCAUCAUCUGAGGAAUAAUUGCCUCAUCAUCCUCACCUCAAAACAGAGAGCAAAGAGAAAAUGAAAUCACUUAUUCUAAAUGCUAAACCUUUUAUUGCUGGUCUAGCAAUAAAAUGUCUGUUAAGGGCAAAUAAAUAUGAAACAACAAGAAAAAAUGCAAGAAUAAAAACUAACAAAAACUAAAACUUCCACAGUUUUAUAUAGAUUGAAUGCAUUCUGUCUGUCACAACAUGAACUAAAGAUUUGCUGUUGUGGUCUUUUGAUUGAGGGUCUGUCUGGUAAUGAUGUAUGUGAGUAGAUCAGUGACUGUGAGCCAAUUAUGAUGAAUGAUUCUCUGUUUAAUAUUAAUGUCAUGUUUGAAACAGCAAGUCUCCUCAUAAGCUACAGUUAAACAUAGUAUGUAUUUUACUGUUUCUUGCAUUUUUAUUUAGCAUCAGUUUUUUAAACAAAAUCCUGUUUUGGUGAUAUUACUUGUAUGAUUACCUGCUGAAGCUUUAAUGUGUGUUUUGAAAGACUAGUGUGAAUUGUAAAUAAAGGGGAAACUAUCAGUUUA